AUGGAUGAAGCAAUGCGUCACGACAUCUUUGGGGACGAUGACAGUGAUGUUGCCUCUACGGGCGGCGGAGCCGAGUCACCUUCGGGCCAUGGUUUCCCAAGAUCAUCACGCUCACCAAACGAGAAACGUCGAUCCCGUUCUUUGUCUUCUCCUCCAAGGGAGACAACCCCUUUGCGCCAAGCGCCUCCUCUUCCCUCGCGAGAGGAUACAGACGAAGAGGUAAGCAAUCCUCUUGACGCUGCACAGCGUCGUCAACUCGAUGACGAGGCCCAAGCGGCCGCUUUGGCACGGCCCAAACAAACAUUUUCACGACGUGAUUAUGGGUUCGUGCCCCGGGAUCCUAAUAAGGAAGCUCGACGAGCUGCAUUGCAAUUCUUGCGACCCUAUAUCAUUGGGUCCCAUGCCCGUAAGGCCUGCGAGAAUGCAGAUAGUGUUGCUCUUCGUGAGCGGCUCCUUACUCCCCAGGAGUUUACGAUGAAAUCUUAUCAGGAGCGACUGUCACGACAGUCACGUGGGGUGCAUGUGCACCCACUAAACGGCAUACCAGUGGUGCUUGCACCAGGUGAUACAUCUGCACAAGAUGUAUCACCAGCUCACCUGUUGGGUAGAACGAGCAUGUAA